UUGGCUGAAAAUUAGUGGAUUAGUCACGACCAGGGACAAGAAUGGAAAAUUUUAUCACAAAAUAAAUAUUUAGGAAUCCGACGUGUGGAAAUAGUGAACCACUCUGAGGAAGUUUGAGUAAAUGUAUUGAUUUAGGGAAUCAUUGUUAUUUUACUCGGUUAUUUUAGAAUAAUGCUCAGAUACUAUCAGUGCACUCACGAUGCAAGUUCGUGUGACUCUAUGAAUGGGUCACAUAGGUACAUAAAGAAUGAGCAGUGAGUCAUACGGCUAUGGACAAAAGAUGAGAUUGUUCUCUGAAACUGGCUACCAUUUGACCAUAAGAAAUGGUGGAAGGGUGGAAGGAUCACAAGAAGAAGAAGAUCCAGAAUGUUUCUUGGAGUUGGUCAGUGCAGGACCGGGAUUGGUUCAGAUAAAAGGUAUGGAAAGUAAUCUUUGUCUUUGUUUCGACGACGAAGGCCAACUUUACGGAGAAUCAGAACACUCACAUGAUGGUUCAGUCUUCCAUGAGACUCUAGAGGGUCUCUACAAUGCUUAUAAGUCCGUUAAGUACCCUGAUUGGUUCGUGGGUAUCAAAAAGAAUGGUAAACCAAAGCCAGGACCAAAAACAGGAUAUGGCCAGAAGGCUGUGAGGUUUUUACCUAGAAGACUACAUUUUUGAAGGAAUUAAAUUGAAUGUUGAAUAUCUAUGCCGAAAAUUUUUGUUACUUCACUAGAAAUCAAUUUUUUUUAAGUUGAAUGUAUAUCUCGUAGACAGUGAAGUCUUAUUGGCAAAACUGAAAUUAUUAUAGUAUUUAUUAUACUCAUAGUUACACAAAUGCAGUACGAAAUUGUUUCAUUUUAUACAAGUAUAUAACUUGAAUUUAAUCAGCAAACAUCAGCUUUAUUGAAUUGUAUUUUGAGGUUUCAAUAUUAUUUUAUUCUUUUGUCUAGUACUAGCAAGAUUUCAUGAAAAAUUGUAGAACUGAACAGUUAUUAUUUUUGUUUUUAAUACGCUUGAAGCUAAAGUUCCAGUUAGUUAAAUUUGAAUACAGGUUGGCUCAGAACCAGUAUUUUAUAUAUUACGUGGACCAGUCUGUAUAUGAAGAAGUUUUAAAAAUGUUAAAUUGAGAUAUUAUUCAGAUAUUUUUAAAGAUACCUACCUUAUUCCAUGAUAUUAUUGGAGGAGAAAGACCUUAUCAAUAGGUUUAAGUAAAACAAAUCUCAAAGUUCGACAUUUUAUUGAAAUCGGGCAAAAUUAACAAUAAUAAUAAUCGAUAUUUAAUGAGAAUAUCAGAAAGACUCAAUGAUGUGGCAAAUGAUUACUUCUUCCAUAACUAACAAUAACAAUGGUUUCUAUAUUGUCAUCAGAUUUCGAAACAUUGAUUGUCGAAAUGAAAAGAUUUAUUAUAUUUAUUAUUCAAUAAUAUAGACAAAUAUAUUUGGA